GCCAAAUAUUUAUAUAUAUAUAUUUAUGAAAAAUUUAAAAAUUUAAAAAUACUCUCCUAAAAUUUUUAAUUUAAAAAAAUAUCUUAUUUUUUCUUUCCUUUCUCUUUUAUUCCUCAAACUUUGAUUCCUUUUAAAAAAAUUAAGUUCAAACCCUAAACUUUUCUACCUCUAAAGUUCUGUCAAAUUUUUUUUUUUUUUUUCCUUUUAAAAUUCUUCUUUUUACACUCAUGUAUGAUGUAUGCACUAUAACUUUUUUUUUUUUAUUUGCUUAAUGAAAUAUAAUCUUGACUCUUCCUUCAGUCGUCACCAAGUGGCCCGGAGCUCUGAAGCUUCAAUUGAAGCUCACCAUAAAUUGGUGUCUCAAUAUUUUCUAAUACUUCUAUUUUCGAAGGAAAAAAAAAUGUUUUCUAAUACUCGUUCGGAAAAAAGAAAUUUUUUUCUUCUUAUACUCUUAAAUCUAAUUGUCUGGAACCAAAUCAGAUAAAAGUUACUAUAGCUACAAAUAUCAUAACCAGUGCCUAACAGAAUCUGAUGUCUCUGAACAUCUAUAUUAAGUUGUCACGCAAUGGUUCAACUGAGCCACCUCAAAGAAAGCAGGCACUUCUCUGUGGAGUACUGAUCUCACUUUCAAUUUUCCAAGCAAUUCCAUUCUUCUGCUUACAGAAAUGGAGCGAGCUGAAAAUAAUCCAAUCAAAAACCCCAACACAACUCGAGUACAAAAUGAUCAGGAAGCCAUCCUUCCGGCGCCCUCUCUUCAGUGUGCCCCAGAAAGCGGCUGCAGGAAAGAGUAUGCGGGAAAGGGAAUGCAGAAGGCUUUCUCGAAAACCUCCAUGCUCGCGAACUUUCUCCCCACCGGAACCCUCCUCAUAUUCGAAACAGUCCUCCCCUCAGUGUACCACAAUGGCAGUUGCACCCAAACUAGCACUAUGAUGACCAUUGCCCUGUUAGGCCUAUGUUCUCUCUCCUGCUUUUUCUUUCACUUCACGGAUAGUUUUCGUGGAAAAGACGGUAAACCCUAUUACGGUUUUGUGACUCCUACGGGUCUGAAAAUGUUCAAUAGUCAUGAAGUGGUACCGCCCGAAGACACUGACAAGUUUACCUCCGACGACUUUAAACUUGGUUUUAGGGACUUUGUGCAUGCCAUCAUGUCUGUGAUGGUGUUUAUGGCUUUCGCGUUUUCGGAUCAUCGAGUCACUAAUUGUGUGUUUCCGGGGCAUGAGAAGGAGAUGUAUGAGAUGAUGGAGAGUUUUCCAUGGAUGAUUGGUUUCGUUUGUAGUGGUUUGUUUUUUGUAUUACCUGCUCGUCGAUCCGGUAUUGGGUGCGUGCCUACAUGAUUUAUGGGAACAAGAAUGCUUGCCCAUCUUGUUGUUCUUAUUAUUAGUAGUAGUAUGUGCGUGCCUACAUGAGUUUUCCAUGGAUGAUUGGAAAUAGAAAAUUGUAAACCUUAUUAUUGUGUAAUAGAAUAUUCAAA